AUGAGCGACGAGUUCAAUACGGCGAAACGCAGUUUUCGACCAGGGGACGAUCACUUGUGGACAUCGCUGGAGAAACCCGAUGGGGUCAAUGGCGCGCUGGAGAUUUACUCGCACAAUAUGACGUCCACCCGGUGCGACGACAGUGGCGACUGCUACUUGUACAUUGAAGCGGCGGACGAGACAACGACCAUCACAGUGUAUAACGCGUACCUCAAGCCCCCCGCGUACGAGAACGUGACGUUUUACUACCGAGCAGCGAUGGUCCAGUCGUGGAACAAAUUCUGCUACCAAGGGGGCUUCAUUGAAGUCCGAGCCCAAUUACCGGGAGCCGUAUCCCAACAUUCAGGUAAUCCGGAUCUCGUUCAAGGCAAAGCUGGACGCGUAGUCAGCGGUACAUAUUACCCGACGUGGCCAGGCAUUUGGAUGAUGGGGAAUCUCGGUCGGGCCAUCUUUUCAGCGUCCACGAGUCGGAUGUGGCCCUUUUCGUACAACAAGUGCGAACCAGAGCUCUUCGAUCCCAAGAACCAGCGCAUCAGUGCUUGUGACGACGAGCCUGGCUACGGUCUCCAUAGCAAUCAGGGCCGCGGGGCACCGGAAAUCGAUAUCUUGGAAGGAGGCGGAGCAGCGAUCUCGGCGUCCUUGCAAGUUGCGCCUGGGAUGCCGACUGACUUCCGACUCUUUCCCGCGGACCCUGCGCACGAUGGACACGACAUGGUCUGCGUCUUCAAGUACAGUUGCAAGACGCCUGGCGCAAACUUCAUUGACGUGCCGACGAAGUACUAUGAGAAGAAACGCGGCCACAAGUCGUGGUACCAAGGUCUUCGCUACGCGGCCAACAACUUUUGCCAUUCUUCAAGCGAUGCGAAACAGGACGUCAGCACGAUUACCGCGGCGAUCAAAGCUGGCAUCACCGACAACAAUUGCACAGCCAGCACGUGUCCAGCGUCGUUUGAUGCGAACAGUGACUUGAGUGCAAUCGAUGGGGUCGGCAACGACUUCUGGGGCAUCAACACGAACGGCACGUGCUAUCCACUGAUGAACUCGUACACCGGCGCAUACUUGUGUGAUCCGGAUAACACGGACAAGAACUGCCUGGAACCGCGCAACUCGACGACACCGAAAACCAACUCCAUGGAUCCAUUCAACUACCAAAUCGACGCCAUCUCAGCAAAUUGGCCCGUGCAUCUCGGUGUGUACACAAACUACCUUCUGUACCAGAUCGAAUGGGUCACGGGACAGGACGGAUACGUGCGCUGGAUGCUGGCUGGUCAGCCUCUUUUUGAAGUCACUGCCGAGUCACUAGUGCUCGUCCCGCAGAACGCCAAGAAGAACAAUCCGCAAAAGCUCAUGCUUGAGGAGCCAAUGUCCAUUAUCUUCAACGUGGCAUUGUCACGGUCAUGGAGUGCUGUGCCGCCAAAUCCUGGCAGCGAAUGUCGUGGCGACGGCAGCGACGAAGCUGUCAACAAAAUUUGCAACGACUUUCCAAUGUUCAUGAAAGUUGACUACAUCCGGUUGUAUCAAGAUCCGAAGGGGAAUCGUGGACCCGAUGAUUACAUGCAACUCGGGUGCGAUCCAAAGAGUCAUCCAACACGAGAAUGGAUUCAAGGCCACUUGGAGGAGUAUGAAGAUACCGACAAUCCAUGGAAAGAGGUGACGGGCAAAGCCUUUUGUACAACGGACAGCGACUGUACUAUCAACCGCAAUGGCGCCCAAAAGCUGAUCACGGGCAAAUGCCUGGAAUCUCGAUGCACGUGCUUGUACCCGACUUCGUGGGGUGGUCCGCGGUGCACCUUUGCGUUUGCCGGCGAUGUCAACAGCACAGCGUUCGCCACGCAGCGCACUUACGGUCCGCCAAUGGAGAUCUCGGUGAUUGUAGCAAUCCUCAUACUCUUGUCCACUGUGAUUGCCGCGUGGAUGUCCAUCCGCACGCUCAAGAAACAGGCGGAUGAAGCCAUCUUGGCCGCGGAAGUAAAGAAGUAUGAGCAACCGAGGCCGUCAUAUCCAACUCGUAUGUACUCAGCAGUGUACGAGUGCGACACGUCCCAUCCGAAAGACAACUACAGCCAGAAUUUUCUGUAG